UCCUAUCUAUCCUAGCCACGAAGGGCAAGGAGCUUGAUUGUAAUUUCAAACCCUCCUUUGAUCCAUUAUAUAGUAUCAAACAGGAUAGAACCUUUGAGAGACAGAGAGACAGAAAGAGAGAUGGAGGGUGACAAUAACACAAAUGAUAUAUACAGAGAGUGCUUGAGAAAUCAUGCAGCGAGUCUAGGCAGCUAUGCCACAGAUGGCUGUGGAGAGUUCACGCUAGAUGAUACCUCUCAUGGAAGCCUACAAUGUGCAGCAUGUGGGUGUCACCGCAACUUUCACCGCAAGGUCACCUAUGUACCCCCACAUGGUAGAGGACUUGUACUCAGCUGUACUAGCCGUGACCCUUCUGCAGAUACCACCACCGCAGACCUCAUGGACUACAGUGGCGGCAGUGAGCUUGGGGAGAGGAGCUCUAGCAAGAAGAGGUUCAGGACCAAGUUCACACCAGAUCAGAAGGAGAAGAUGCUGGCAUUUGCUGAGAAGCUUGGGUGGAAGCUACAAAGGAAGGAUCUUGAGGAUGAGAUUGAGAGGUUUUGUAGAGGAAUUGGGGUCAGUAGGCAAGUCUUCAAAGUCUGGAUGCAUAAUCACAAGAACUCUUCCUCUUCAUCUUCUGCGUCCACAGGCAAUGCCUCAUCUCUCACUCAGUAGAGAGAGAGAGAGAGAGAGAGUGAAUAAUUUUCUUUUUCUUUUUCUUUCUAAUUGACAUUUGAUUGUUAUUUAUCCUUAAUUGUUUUCUGACUAAGGAAAAUAUGCAGCUCUAUUAUAUAAAUAUUUACUUUCUUUUUCUUAAUUAA